ACCCUCCCGCUUCGCUUCGCUUCCCUGACCCCUGUCUGGUCCGAUCUAUCAAAAUUUCCCGAUCAGAUGGGAUUUUCUGUCGGUUUUGGUUGGUGUUCGUCUCGAUAGCGCGUGCUGGUUUGAUUUGUGGUCUUGUGGGACGAAUUGAGAGAGGCGGCACUGUAACGUCCGCCGAGAAUUCUGAAUUCGCGGUGUUUAAUUUCUAUUGCAGGUCCAAUUAAUCAGAAUCGAGUGUAGGGUGUCAGAGUAUGGAUGGACAACGCAGAAGGUGUUCCAGUUUCUAAACUUCCUUGUGAACGGCGUGCGGUCUGUCGUGUUUGUGCUGCGGCGAAAUGUGCAACUUGUAGAGCCUGAGGAUAUGCCCGGGCUUGCAUUCUUCACGACAUAUGCACUUUUAGUGCUCUUCUGGGCUAAGAUUUAUUAUCAGGCACGUGCCAUGUCGACUGAUUGGCUUAGACCAACUUUCUAUUGGAUCAACGGUGUGGUCUAUGCAAUUCAGAGGAGUUUGUCGCGCACACUUUGAAUGUCAAUUGUGCCAAGUUUGGGAGGCGAGCAUCAAGGAUCCUCAUCACUGGUGGGGAGGAUUUGAAGGUCAAUCUUUGGGCUAUAGGGAAACCCGGUGCCCUCCUGGCUUUACAAGUCCAGUUGAGUCAGUAAGCUUUGACUCUUCUGAAGUUACGAUAGGUGCUGGUGCAGCAAGUGGAACGAUAAAAAUAUGGAAUAUUGAGGAGGCGAAAGUUGUUCGAACUUUCACUGGACACAAAUCAAGCUGUGCAUCUCUUGAUUUCCAUCGUUUUGGAGAAUUCUUAGCCAUUGGGUCUUCAGAUACAAACAUGAAAAUAUGGGAUACUCGACAGCAGAGAUGCAUCCACACAUACAAGGGUCAUACCCAACGAAUUAAUGUGCUUAAAUUUACUCCUGAUGGCCGAUGGAUUGUUUCUGGUGGGGCUGAUAACUCAGUGAAGGUCUGGGAUUUGACGGCUGGAAAACUCAUGCAUGAUUUUUGUCUUCAUGAAGGUCCAGUCAAUUGCUUAGUUGUUCACCCCUAUGAGUUUUUAUUGGCUACAGGUUCAGUUGAUAAGACUGUUAAAUUUUGGGACCUUGAAACUUUUGAGUUGAUCGGUUCUGCUGGACAUGAGAACAACCGAGAAUACUUUGAGCUGAUAUUAUGGAGAGGUUACAUAAAGAUGGUAUACUAUCAAGGGCAAGCAAAGAUGGUUAUACAGUUAACCAGAUAUUAUGGAGAGGCUACAUAAAGAUGGUAUACUAUCAAGGGCAAGCAAAGAUGGUUAUACAGUUAAUCAGGUCAGCGCCUUCAGAGCAAAAUAACAGUAGGGUUAUCUGCUACACGAAUGGCUACAUGUAUCAAUGGGAUUAGUUCACUGCAUAGAUCGAACCAAUUGCUUCAAGGGUUCC